AUGCCCCCGAUCGUCGUUCCACUAGCGAUGACAUCCUCACAGGGGGACCAACAGGUGUUCUCCCUGAGGACACUACACCGUGUCGCAGAGCAUGGCAGCUUUCUAACUUAUGAUUUCAGUGAUGACGCUGAUUCUGUCAUUGCAGGCUUGGAGGCUUCUUGUCCCGACUCUUUUGCCAAUCAGACCAUACCUACGCUCAGUUCUGACCAAUGUGACAUGUUAAACGAUUACUUAGACUUAUGUAACACUAUCCAUGCACAAAGCUCUGUUUUCCACGAGGUUCAUAGCGCCUCUGAUGACCUCCAAUCAAACAUUGAUUAUGCUAUGUUUCUACUAACAAAGGGUACGGAGACAGCUCCAAUCUUACGGACUAUUCUACCGAAGCUCCAAGACACCGUGGGGAAUUCUGCCGGCAACUGCUCUGAUGUGGAGCCGGCAGAGAUCAAUGUAAGCUAUGAUCAGAUGCCUCUGUCGGUUCGGAACUAUCUUUUUUCACCCUAUCUAUUUGUCCACACAUCUAAAGUUGCCUUCAAAGUGACUGAUAAGAAAAUGUCUACAUGGUUUGUCACCACAGGCCCGCCCCAACUGGUGCAGGCCACGCUGACUAGUAUUGUCAGACCAGAUGGAGUUACCAUCACAAACACAGAUGAGCAGUACUUGACAUUAUUCUCUUCACUCACCGACCUAGAUACCGUUAUUUACGCCAGCAUAGAUAGCAUGUAUUCAGAACUUAUAGUAGAUCUUCCCAUGUGUCCCGAUUACUUCCUUGUCGCUUACCUACAGCCUAUAUUUAUUCCACACGAUAGCGUGAUAACCGGUGACUCAUCUGGAGCUAGCAUUACCCCCGUGAACCUUAUGGAGACAGGAAUCACCUUUCAGCUGAGAAACAACUGGGUUGAUAUAAAUAAUUUCUUAGCUCCUGGCCUCAGCACAUGUGCUUUCCCGACAGUCUUGUCAGACGAGGACGCAGCGACACUUGAGUGGGUUGUUACCAAAAUGAAUCAGAUCAAAUGGAGUUCGACCAUAUCACAGACACCUAAAACGAAGACUACCUCCGCAACCGUUACAGAAAUUUAUGAAGAGUAUGUGUCUUUAAUGAAAGCUGAAAGAAACGAGGCCUACGCUGCUGAGAUGUCUAGACUAGUUAUGUCCUACAUAGAUGGCGUUAUAGACUUCAAUCCCUUGUUAUUUGGUCUCGUUUGCCUUUCCUUUAUCAGCUCGAAACUCAUCUAUGUGCUUCUAAAGUACAUCAAUCUAGUUUUUGACCCCCCACUGGGCCUGCUCAGGAGUCUUGGACUUCCGGAGGCGUUCCCAGUCUUACACAAUCUGACUUCAGUAACAGAUUGUAUCUAUGGAAUAGACUACGUUUAUAGUAAUAUUAUCGACGAUAAGGAGCGGCUAGAACAGACUACGCGGCCAUUAAGUGUCUUAAAGAACAAUCGCCCCGGCCACUCCCUUCAGUAUAACAAGCAUUACAGGACUUAUUACAGUUCAUUUUUUCUCCCCACAUAUCAAAACUUCACCAGGACCCAGUCGCUGAGUGUACCUCUAUACAACAUCUUUGCUCGAGACGUUGUCUCCACGAAGCAGCGCCGCUUUAUCCCACUUAAUGAGCUUUCUCUUAUGGAAGGGAAGGCGCCUCAUGAUAUCAUAUAUGUGGAUGGAACUAGACCCAUUAAGUUUAUUAAGGAUGGCAACGGAAUCCAGCUUGUUGAGAUUAGCAUCCGAGACAGGACAGAUACAAAUAUCCCCAUUCGAGUGCCACAUGACCUUUAUCAGAACGUCGUCAAUAUGGUUGAUCGUAGUGCGUCUACGGAGCAGUGCCGUGCCGAGCUCCAGCGCAUAAUAGAGGGCCAGUUCAAGCUAUCGAAGCAGCUCAACGGGGAAAGAAAUUACAACUCCACAAGAGCUAUUACAUACCAGAAACGCCAGAAGGCCGCGAAGCAGUCUGCUACAGAUGAAGAGGGUCACUCUGACAAUUCCCUCAACUCCACCACCUCGCCUACUUGCUUGACGGCGUCGCUGGACCAUGGCAAGAUUUCGUCUACUAAAAAAGUCACGCAAGAUAGCAGCUUCAUUCCUAUACUUUGCGAGCCACGAGACACGGCUGUGCUGCUAUCUGGGGCCACCGAUAUCAGCACAACUAUGGUGGGGCCUAUCUGCCAUGCAUGCUUCAAUGCCCAGGCAGCGUCUUCUAACAUAUUGGGCGUUAUUCAAACAAUGAUUGACGAGAGCAUCUUUACCUAUCAGGAUGUAUUGGGGGCAACACCUCCAUCCCUGGUACACUUUGAUGGCCGGAAGGACACUACCAACAAUCCUGCCCAGACUGAAGUUAUAUGUGAUGACUCCACUGAUCCCACUUCUCUGGUCACCAAAACCACUGACGAUAAGCUUGAGCUUGUGGUGGACGAUCAGAAGCUGUAUUCAUAUCGUGAUAUCGCGAUCGUUCGAGCCUCCUGCAACCCGUCAGUCACCGUUACAGACUUGGAUUCUUAUCGAGACAUCUGCAUUCAGUUUAGCCUCAUGAUCGAGCGCUCUCGCCUCUGUGUUUACUUUCCUAGCUUUACGUACCAUGACUAUAUAAGCCUCGGACUAUACAACAACAAACUUCACUAUCUUCAUACCAAUUCAGGAUUUCACUUAGGAUUUCUCCGGUUUCUUUUUGACUCUGCAUUUACAACAGAGAUAGAUAGGUUUUCAGGCAAUUCUUUGGGCACCUCAACCACUCAAUCCUCCUCGCACGCCUUUUGUGUAACCGAUGAUCUUAUAAGAUUGGUUCAAGCAAGUGACUGUGAGAACUACGCACCUGUACUCAUUGAUUUAUUCAAUAAGUUUGUCCUUCUAAAUACUUAUUUUAUUUCUCGAAACAUAUCGUUUAUUAAUCCAGUCUUCAGUAUAUUGGAUGCUACUUGCAGCAGUCAACUUGCGACAGAAUCUUCUAACAACGAGCACCAGGACCCCAGCGAGUGUCCUGAUCCAUUUGCCUCUGAUUUUAUUGACCCAGCGUCAUUUAUUACUCUGUCUGUUGGAGAUACCAGCAGCUCAUCUCACCCUAUUAACUCUGCUAAUUCCUUAGUCCAGCUCUUUAGCCCAUUCCAACACCAUGGAGACUAUACCAAUCAGUCGGCUCUAGUUUAUGCCAUACUUACUCUUAGAUUUCUGACCACCUUUAUGGGAGGGUCUCUCGCUCUUCAAGAAGCUAUUCGCCUCUACACCAUCGCGGCCAGCUACUGCAUGAUUAGCUCCAUACCUCCUCUCAAAUGCUCAGUCAACCUAGCAGAAGUCAACUCAGAUUCAAAUGCACUGCUGGAUGAGACCAUGACCUUGUGUGGUUCCAAGUCGUCUAUCCUUUUGAUUAAUGAGCAUAAUCGUCACCUCGGCUUUUCAGAAUCAGCCCAGGCUCUAAGUCUUGUCGAUCAUUUUAAUGAAGACAUACUUCAUGGAGGAUACAAGGCGACCAUAAACAAUACAUUUACUCCGCUUUCUCCAUUUUUGCUCUCCAAGGAGUACUGUCCAUCAGUUGUUCAAGACUCAUAUAUUCACACAAACCUACGCAGUCUUCAGUAUAUCAGAUGGUUGAGCGGCUCAAACUCUUUCCGGCCGCACACAUUUGAAGAAUCAGACUCUGCGGGAUACGACUCUGCCGUGGCUUAUAUCAAGGACUCUGCAAACAUCACUGACCAGGUAUCUCAGGCCUUCCUGCUGGAGGGUUCCAUGAGAAGAAAGAUAGAAUCGUGGCCACACUAUGGGGUAUCUUAUCGAGUCUGUCCAAAUUACGACGCAAGCGUCAAUGGCACAGCGCUGCCCAGUGCUAAAAUGGUUAUUUGGAGUAAGGACGACAUCCCCACUGAUUACAUGUCUUCAAAGCUAUUGGCCGAUAGCGUAUUCAACAGGGGAAAGUACGUCACAAUUCCAUAUGGAUCUGAGUCCUAUGGUUCCGUCAAUCCUCACGAACUCGGGGCCGCUGCUAACGAAUCCAAACAGUCAGCAAAGGCCUCUAGUGCCGAGCAUGAUAAGAAAAAGGACAGUAAGGCCAAAAAUAUGGACGCAGAUCGAGAGCUUGAUUCUCUAGCAGACACCCUUUCUCUUAUUAAGCAGAUACAAUUAAAUCCAGCCUAUCCAUGCGACGCAUCCGCUUUCACCGCACUUUACACAUCUACAGAUAGACCCGUUACAAUCAAGUAUCACUUUAUGGCCACAACGGGCCAGGAAGCCUCCAUGCAUCAUAUCGAAGAAGAGCAGAUAUGCUUUGGCAUGCUAAGGGUAUACAUCAACGCCUUGCUACGGAUCCUCAUAGAGUGGAUUGCGAUUUAUGCGCCUUCCCUUCUGUGCUAUUACGAUGUGAGUCUGUCCGCCACUGCAGCGUCGGCCCCUCCCGACAACACUCGUUUCUGCCCCUUCGGGUUCAAUCGGUUUGUAAGCUCUGCGCUUCUCGAAGAUGAAGCCGAGUAUGCCGCGGGGACUCUACUCAAAAAGGACCUUGUGUCAGAAAGUAUUGCAUCUAAAGAUCGAGCCAACACUCCCACGAUCUUAUGCUCUCCUUUUUUGGCAAGCAGCCUCAAGGAAGAUCUUUCUGCCGGAAAAGAAUGCCCUUGGCAACAGGAUAGUCAACCUGCUAUGUCUUUGGCGCAGUAUUUCAGUGAAGCCGAUCAAGCCGGCAGUGCAGACGAUGUCCAGACGCGUAUCGGCCGCAAAUCUCUGUAUUCAGACCAAUUUCUGUCUGACCAUGCGAGCGUCUUAGCGUCCUAUAGGAAGAUAGAGAGCGCCAUGGCCACAGAUAAGAUCUUAUCGGCAACAGAUAUUGUGAAUAGCACAGACAGGUCCCUCCGCUUCCUUGCAUAUCCAUACAUUGUGUUCCCAGUCAAUAACACAACGCAUUAUUCACGCAUUUACUCAAAGGACCGCUUCCAGGAGAGUGACUGGUCGCAACUUAGUCCACCGCCGCCACGCAUACACACAACCCUUCAGUUCUUUAUUUGUCAGGUGUACACUGGUUCUGAUGUCCUUUUUAGCUUGUUUACAGAACCACUUAUCACAGUCCCCCUACUGGCCAGAACAAUGCAAAACUUGCUGAGCCGGGCCAUGCUGGCUGAACAGCGGGCAUCCUAUGUUUGGCGAACAAUUUGCCCAGAUUCGCACUUUACAAACUGCGACCAGAGCUAUAUGUGCAUGUCUUCAUGGGACAAGAAAGUCUUAACCCCAAAAGCAAUUCUGCAGGACUUUAAACGGCGCAACAAUGACCUUAUUCAGGGGCUUGACCCGGAGCUUUGGCCCAUCACACUAGACCCCUCCCAUAUGCACCUAGGGAGACUAGUAUAUCCGAGCUAUUACCGUGCUUCAAGCAAUCUCGAGGACCAGGCAGCUCUUUUCAAUCGCUGGGGAUCAGGGAUGAUAAGCACAUUGAUAUCGUCCGGUACGCGGAACCUGCAGAACGAGCCUCAAUCCACUCUCCUAAUUAACUUUAUUCCGCGGAUCAAUCCCUAUCGUAUUUCUCACGAGUUCUUGCAAAAGAGCCAGCUAAUUGUACCAGGGAUUAUAUCCCCCAGUUAUGCUACUGCAGAGUUAGUCCGUUUGUACCGAACAUACUUCUUCAGUAUGGACGAGGAGUUUGUAAGAUUGGUCCUCUGCAGGUCCAGCAUGCUUUUUUCCUGCAUCACUACAGGCUUUACCACGAAAACAAAUCAGUCCGUAUACGAUCUGUGCGGAUCAAAUCCUGUCUCGGAAGACAUCUACUACUUCGCGACUCUAGGCUAUAAGCAUCUGCAAAACGCGGUUAAUACAAAACAGUACACAUAUCCAGCGCCAAUUUCCCUGUUGGACAUAGAGCAGGUCAUCUCUGGAAUAGAGCUAACGUACAGUUCCUACGUUAGCAAUCAGAAGUACUCAGAGUAUCAUUACACUGAUGAAGAGAGAAAGUCCCUACUUGAGAAAAUCUCGCUCUUUGAGUUAGACCAUAAAGGAAUCGUCAAAAAGACAGAAGCCUUGCUCUCUGGAAAUGUGUUCUUCCACUCCUACGAUCUAGUGAUGAAGUCUUCAUUGCAAGACAUCAGUUCCUUACGGCGUCAUGCUUUUAUGCCGUGUGUAACGCCGCGCUCCUACAAAUUCUUGCUAAAUCUUUUGAUGAUUGAUACAGAUGAAGAUUUAGAUGAGCCUGGAUUCCGUAACACAAACAGUGCAACGCUCAUCGGCAGCUUGGGCUCUCUAACUGCAGAUGGCUGUAAAAACGUUCUUCUUUUCGAAAUUAUUCCUGCAAUGCUCCUCAACCACGAGUCUGGGGAUUGGGCGCAUUCCAGCAUUGAUCCCGAGAAACCUGUCUACAAAAUGAUAUGCUCUGACAUCUACAUUAUCCUGAGGCUUGUGUCUAUCAUCUGCACCCGUAUCGAGUUCUGUUUGCAGAUCCUUGAGCGCGUGCCGAGCGACUGCAGGCAGGUAGGGAAAUAUGGAACCCGCUCAAUGACUCCAUUUCCUCUGUCGCAGUACAAUGGUCGCUGCGCCGCUGGCACGCUAUUCGGCUAUGAUGACCUUGAUUACUCCACCCCGUGUGGGAACCGUAUCUUUUACUCAAGCAAUCAGUACUUUCAGCUCUCUGAUACCUAUAGCCUGUCCAGAUGCCGAUGCGGCGCAAUUCGAUGCCCUUAUUGCGGUGGGCUGGGCUCCAAUAUGGGCCUUAUAAGCGGAAGUUACUUGCCCGGAGGGACUUCUCAAUACGUUGAGUUACAGUCGGGCUCCAGCAACGGAAUAUUCUCCUCCAAAAUUCGUACAUCCGGUGCGUGUGCAGAAGAUAAGGAGGCGUGCCCUGACACGUAUGGUUUGCCUAGUUGCUUGCAUGACAACUACUCAGAAGACGAGUGUCUGUUGAAUACGUCCAAUAGCAAGACCUAUCACUGCUAUCCGGUGACACAAACACUCUUGUACAAACUUCAACCAGCCCUUCCACUUCCCUUCAAUCUGUUAGAGACGCUUAGUGUGCUACCUCAGACGACCUCUCUGCCAGACCAUAACGGAAUGGUACAAGAUAUCUCUGCGCGAGCCUCGGCCGGUUCCAAGCAGACGCGUGGAUAUAAGGGAACAUACCAAUCGCACAGAUGGGCCAAACAGGAUUAUUCCGGGGACUUUAUUAAUGAGGAGGGUAAAAGCACGAAAGCUGGUGCACAACAGCUCCUUGAAAGGGCCAAGCUUCUCUGUCAGCAGCCUGCCAUCUGCGCAGGAGAAGGCUACCCUGUCGGCAACUAUGGUGAACGCCUUGUUGACCUUGUUCAUCACCUCCCUCCCUUGGAUGCGUAUACAUUUCGAGCUCUUUCUACUUCGAGCGAGUACGCUACGAAUCGGUUUGUGCAGGAAUAUCUAAAUAGCUCUCUUGGACACGAAAGCGUAUGCGUGAGUUCUGCCGAAAAGGACUACAAUCCUGACACGGCUAUCUCUUCCACAGUCGUGCUGAAUGAAGACAUGUACACACCACCUGCAACAGACUUGUGCAGUUACUUUCAGGGGCAUCGCUACGCUAGGAUUCUAGACUGCGAUGAAAUCAGCGACCCUGUUCUCACAUAUUUGUUCGACCCCAAUAUCUUUUCCCAUGUCUAUCUGUACCAGCCUCCUCCCGACUUCGACAGUUUACCAGCUGAUGAGGUAUUCAAGGAGCUAAGGGAUAGGCAAUUUCAAAAGUAUCAUCGCGACAGUCUAUGGCCACUUGAACAACAUAUCUUACCUUCACACAUCCAAAAGAGGCCAGGGACUCUCCCCACUAGCGCCGACUUUCGGGGGGAGCUUCUCUUUCUACUGCGUCUUAUGCAAAUGCAUGUCCACCAGACCAAGGAGGGCGUUCUGUCGUCAGAGUUUACUCCAUACAUGUACGGGUUGCUUGGGCUUUAUGCCUACCCUCUUCUCAACCUUCGGAGGCCGAUAACGACACUCUUGCGACGCUUGGAGUCUUUUUGCGCCCGCAUAGGCACGACAAGCAUGAACAUCAACUAUCUCUCGCUGUACCGCCCCUCGAAGACUAACAUUCAAUCUCCGCGUUCCACAAUUCUCUUUCUCUUUCUUGUCUUCGCAACGCGUUUGCCCUCCCCUUAUGGAAACCUCCUUCCGCUUUCCUUGCCCUCAACAGCAUCGCCCUCGGACGAGCUCAUGAUCAUCGUCGAGAACACCGGAGGACUGGCCCGGUUCUCCGGUAUCACCAACACCGACAGUAAAUAA